AUGGCACCGGCAACAGUCAGAAGGGCUCCUUAUAAGGACUUUCUGCAGCCUGCGCUGCAAAGGCGAUUUUCUUCCACGGCGACCAUUCUUCUAGGUCUAUCUUAUUUGCAAUCCGUCUUGCUCUCCGGCUGGACCUCUUAUUUCUGGUCUUGGUUUCCCAUUGGCCCCGCUGGCUUCCGAACAUUAUUCCUCUUCACCUGCGGCCUGUCGAUUCUGGUCUUGCGUAUUGCGCAGUACCACGUCGGUGCCCGCGCCUCCAACUCGACCUUCCACGCGUUCACGAAGUACUUCUUCAGCAUACAUACCCUCGAGGCAUUUCUCUUCUACAGCUUUUCGAGCGCGCUGUUCAGCCAUGUCUACCUGUGGUCCCUACCGGACAGCGCAAACUUGGGAUGGGUCACGUACUAUAGUGGGGGCAACCGCACCAGGGUGAACGAGAGAACGUUGGGCUUCUUCACCUAUAUGGCUGUCAGUGCCGUGGCCCAGGCGUUCUUCCACUUCUACCACGACAGCGACCGGCUCAUCAUUAACGUGUCGAGACCCGAAGGAAGUGACAUCAAGGCCUCGGGAGAUGCUUCGCUGAAUAAGGUCUUGGGCGAAGUACCUGCCAUUCUUAUUCAGUCUGGGGUACGCUGCCUCAGCGUCGCUCCCAUCGCCGCCAUAGUCCACAUGACGGUUUUGCGAUCGUUCGUCUGGGGAUGGGCCUUGUUUUUCUUGCGGCCUUUCUACAACAUUCCCAAAUCAAACAUGCUACCGCCCACCCAGCCCUGGGACUUGCCACUGAUCUUCCGUUGCGUCAUGGCUGGGCUUUUGAUCAACAUUGUCUGGAAGACGGCGAACCAUGCUUUCUCGACUUUCAUGGUCAAGCCCCCACUUAAGAAUGGCAAGCCUCUCACGAGCGAAUCCAAGGAUCCGAAUGGCAGUCUUCUCAACGGACUCAAGAGCAAGAAAGACCAGAUUCGGUGCUUUGCCCUCUGGGAACUAGCGUACAUCGCUCGUAAUGACGAAGGCAGACGCAAGGCCAUCUUCCAGGACAUCGAUAGGAAAGAUGGAUCUACCUGGUCACAUAUAUUCGUUCACUGCAUCAGCGUCAUCAAGACAAUCGAGAGCAGGAUCGAUGAAUACGGAAAGCCUGCGGUCGUGCCAGCCGCUCCUGUCCAGCCUGAGGAAGUGCGGGCUCGGUCAUCGGCUCCUUUGAAGGAGGACCCGAUCUUCCAGAGCAAGACAGUAAACAGAACGAUGCGUGGCGAGGUGGAGAAGGCUCUCACCCAGGUCGGACGCCAUCCCGGCAACUCGCCGGUGUCACAGCUGAGCCCCAUCGCGAAGAAGACGCUCCGAGGAGCCCGUGACAAGGUCUUGAGCAAGGAGCAGCAGGAGGCGUUGUCGUCCCCUCAACUGAAGAGCCAACUCCAGACGUGGGCUCUGAAGGUUAUCAGUAACGAGUACGUCGGUUGGAUGUUCCGUCAGCAGUUCCGGAACCGCCUUACCGCCGUUGUUCUCGGAACACCGUAUUCGGAGCUGAGUCAAUAUGUCAACGCCACCGACGUGCUUAGCCUGCUGGCUGUCAACAGUCUGGUGGAGGAUCCGUUUGGCAGGGUCCACAAGGACAUUCCCACCAUCGUCCGGACUUUCACCACUGUCAUCAGCAAGAUCGAGGCGUUCAAGGCCAACUUUCCUAUCCAUUGGACCGAUGUGGAACAGGACAGGGCCACGCCAGAGGUGGAUGUUUUGAUUACAAGCUUGAAAACGGGUCUAGGACAGGUGAUUGCGGAGUUUGAACCGUACAGCAGCGACUUGAGGUUGACUCGCACGGAUAUAAGACUGGCGAAGGAGGCCGCAGCCCUACAAGAUCUCCCAAGAGAGGACAGAACUCGACUUCCCGAGAUGCAGCAGACACGCUAG